AUGGCGUCUCAGGUGGACGCGGUGCGCGUGGAGGAGGUGGUGAAGACGGUCCAGAUCGUGCUGUACGGUCUGACCAUCGCGCUGGGCAGCGUGGGCAACGCCCUGGUGGUGUGGGUGAUUGGCGCACGCCUCAAGCCCACCGCCACCAACGUGUGCCUGCUCAACCUGGCGGUGGCCGACCUGGUGUUCAGCAUCUCGCGCGUGCUCUCCGUCUCCUACCUCAGCCUGGACCACUGGCUGUUCGGCCUGGCGCUGUGCCAGUUCAAUGGCCUGCUCAAGUAUGCCAACAUGUUCUGCAGUGUCUUCCUGCUGGUGGUCAUCAGUCUGGACCGGGCGCUCUGCGUCCAGCGCCCCAUCCAGGCCAAGAGCCUGCGCACCGUGGGCCGGGCGCGGGCCAUCAACGUGGCUGUGUGGGUGGCUGCUGUGGUGCUGAGCCUGCCUUACUCCAUCAGCCGCACCGUGGUGGUCAAGGAGGACAGCGGCAGCAGUGGAGGCGUCAACGCCACAAAGUGCUCCAUGGAGGCGGUGCGAAGCGUGGGUGUGCGCACCUGCCUCUACCUGGUCCGCUUCCUCUUCGGCUUCCUACUGCCCUUCCUGGUGAUCGCCGGCUGCUAUGUGCUCACCGCCUGCGGACUGCGCCGCACCCAUAUCCGCCGCAAAGUCAAGGUCAUCCGUCUGCUAGUGAUGCUGGUCACUGCCUUCUUCCUGUGCUGGGCUCCCUACCACUUCCUGUUGCUGGUCAAGAUGGUCCGCAAGGAGAGCCGCUGGGUCAAGCUGGGCCUGCCGGUGGCGCAGGGCCUGUCGCACUUCAACAGCUGCGUCAACCCCAUCCUCUACUUCUGCAUGGGCCUGGAGCGCCGGAGGGGUUUCCGUCGGAGCAUCUCAGGGGCGUUGCGAAAAACCCUGGAGGACGAUGGCAUGGCCCCAGUAACCGAGGGCCAGCAGUCAGCCUCGAUAAUAGCGGAUGUACAGUUGAAGCAAUACCAAGGCACUAUUCAGAAUGCAAACAAUGACAAGUUGUGAACAGUGAGGAAAAAGACAUGAUUCACGAUUAUUGACACUGGAUUGAGUUAUAGAUCAUUUAAUAUUUUCCAAUUUAUUGGCUUGCCAGCCCUAUGUGAACCAGAAACCACAGAUGUUCAGCAAUGGGUGAUUCUCGUAUCUGGUGCAUGGUGGUAUCAGCCUGGUGUGAUAUCACCGGCAUGGUAUGGGAGGAAUAGUUAAAUGGGGAUACGUUGCCAAAGAGAUGACCAGGAACAUUCCCUUCUUUUCCUCUGAUUCAUCCGAUGAUUUGUGUGAAAAAAGAAAACUGUGUUUAAAAAAACUCGUCCUCGAAACACAUCUGAGGCUCUUCCGGGAUAUCUAUAAUUAAUGUGUUUUCCUUUGAAAUGAUACACUGCCCCUCCAUUAGAAUUCCUUUAGAUACGAGUCACAGAUUAUUCUCUUCCAUUAUUGCUUCAUACACAGUCAGUAUUUAUCGUCAGUCAUGUUUCUCAUGGGAAAAAAAUGAAUCAAGACACAAAAAACGUGGGAAAAUGUAAGUGGUUUACAGUACCUUUAAUGUUGUCUUGUAGUUACUAAUUCAACUCUUCAGGUCAUAUUGACUUAUUUUGAGCAGCCUAUAUGAAACUGAUAGGGGAGUAGGUUGGGAGGAGGCACAUAUUGCAUUUAUUCAAGUAGCCUAAAUAGCUGUAUAUUGUGUUGU